AUGGCAAAACCCUACGAUAGAGUCCAAUGGCUGUUUCUCACCAAGUUUUCGAUCCUCAUCAACGGAGCUCUAGCGGGUUUCUUCAAAUCUACACGGGGAUUAAGACAAGGAGAUCCUAUAUCCCCCGCUUUGUUUGUGAUUGCCGCGGACUACCAUUCGAGGGCCCUUGAUAAGCUCAUCCUCGGCCAAAAGGAUAUGACCUUCAAAGCCUUCCGAAGAAGUAUCGAGAUCAGCCAUUUAGCCUAUGUGGAUGACAUAAUCAUAUUCACACAAGCGGCUGCGGACCCCUUAUGUCGGCUUAGAGCAUGCCUCGACGGGUACGAGAGAGUCUCAGGACAACAAAUCAACCUUGCCAAGAGCAAUUUCUAUAUUGCAGAAAUUCAUGAGCAAUGGGCAAGCUCAAUCCAAACGGAAGGGGGUUUCACUAGGGGGAACUUCCCUUUCCUCAACUUAGGCAUUCCCAUAUACCGAGGUGUGAAGCGUACAGAUAUGUUCAUGUUUGUCCGUGAAAAGAUUGCAAGAAGGAUCUCCGGAUGGGCUCACCGGCACUUAUCCUUUGGAGGGAGACUUACCCUCAUCAAGAGUACUCUAGUAGUGAUCCCGUUACAUAUCUUACAAGCCAUCGAACCCACUGCAGGCAUCCUUAAACAACUGGAUCAACAAAUGGCGCGGUUCUCUUGGGGCUCUACAAAGUGA